GUCAUAUCUCAUUCUUCAUUUUGUCACAUGCAAAAUUUCAGAAGUUCUUCAUCACUGAGAGUCCUCAGGAACAAGGGAAGUUCACCUAACUAGGCAUUCACAUGAUGUGGCUGUUUUUAACAACAACCUGUUUGAUUUGUGGAACUUUAAAUGCUGGCAGAUUCUUUAAUUUGGAGAAAGAAGCAAAUCCUGAAGUGUGGAUGAAUAUUAGUGAAAUCAUCACCUACAAUGGCUACCCCAGUGAGGAGUACAAAGUCACCACUCAAGAUGGGUACAUACUCAGUGUCAACAGAAUUCCCCAUGGACGAAGAGACACUAGGAGCACAGGUGCCCAGCCAGUUGUAUACUUGCAGCAUGCUCUGUUUGCAGACAGUGCCUCCUGGCUUCAGAAUUACGCCAAUGGCAGCCUUGGAUUCCUUCUAGCAGAUGCAGGUUACGAUGUAUGGAUGGGAAACAGUCGGGGCAACACUUGGUCAAGGAGACACAAAACACUCUCAGUGAAUGAAGAGGAAUUCUGGGCCUUUAGCUUUGAUGAAAUGGCCAAAUAUGAUCUCCCAGGAAUAAUAGACUUCAUUGUAAACAAAACUGGUCAAGAGAAGUUGUAUUUCAUUGGACAUUCACUUGGUACUACAAUAGGGUUUGCAGCCUUUGCCACCAUGCCUGAACUGGCACAAAGAAUCAAAAUGAAUUUUGCCUUGAGUCCUGUGAUCUCACUCAAAUACCCCACGGGCAUUUUUACCAGUUUUUUCCUACUUUCAAGUUCCUCAGUCAAGAGGCUUUUUGGUACCAAAGGUUUCUUUUUAGAAAAUAAAAUAAGGAAGUCACCUUCUACCAAAAUCUGCAACAAUAUAAUAUUACGGGUGAUAUGUAUUGAAUUUAUGUCUUUAUGGGCCGGAUUCAACAUGAAAAAUGUGAACAUGAGCCGAAUGGAUGUGUAUAUGUCCCAUUCUCCCACUGGAUCGUCAAUACAGAACAUCCUGCAUAUAAAACAGCUUUACCGAUCUGAUGAAUUCAGAGCUUAUGACUGGGGAAGUGAAGCUGAGAACAUGCAUCAUUACAAUCAGAGUCGUCCCCCACUAUAUGACCUGACUGCCAUGAAAGUGCCUACUGCUAUUUGGGUUGGUGGAAAAGAUGUCCUUGUAACACCCCGGGAUGUAACCAGGAUACUCCCCCAAAUCAGGAAUCUCCAUUACUUCAACCUAUUGCCAGAUUGGAACCACUUUGAUUUCAUCUGGGGCCUCGAUGCUGCUCAACGUGUGUACAGUAAAAUCAUAGAUUUGAUGAAGUCAUUUCCCUGACUGCAAUACAUCUACUCUUCAGGUAAUGAACACCUGGUCCCAGACUGUCAAAGCAUGUCAUCAACAGUGUGGGAUGGAGAAGCUCUGCACAUUGAAAACAGAAGCCAACAAAUCAGCAUUGGGGUGGAGCAAAGGGAAAAUUACUAACCACAUACUGUACAAGACUUAUCAUAAGGC